AUGACCCAAUCUGUAACCGAAUCCUCCAUCUCGCCCUCUCCGUUCAGUCCGUUCUCAACGUACUCGGUCGCCAGCGGGGCUACCUCUGAUGAUGCACCCGACCUCGGCGCAUUCACCCAUGUCUUCCGCGCGCUGAACAACUUCAACGCGCGGGUCCAACCCAACGGCCCCAACGUACGCUCCUCCACACCCACCUCCUCCUUCGCCCUCUCCCAGUCCGACGACUCCGAUCCCGUCCAAGGCCCAUCCGGAUGGACUGCCAGACGCCUCACAUCCUAUCACACCACAUCUCUCCCCGGAAGUCCGGUACGUGGCCGCUCCGUCCACCCCAGCGAAUCCGAUGCAACUGCAUCCGACUACGACGACGGCACGGAGCUCGAGGUCCCCAUCGAAGACGAGAACACCGUGGAUCGUCCCUCCCUGGGCUAUCUGGACCAGACGUUGACAUAUAUUGCCGCCGAGCGCGAGAAGCUCGCUGCUAGGAGAGAGCUGCGCGGGAACAGCUCGACGACGUCCGACAGUGCCUCUCCCUUGGCGGUGCCCGCUGCCACUCGCCGUAAGCGGCGACGCAAGCGCAACCGCUCGGCGCAGGACCCCCGACGCAAUGCACCGGCGGACGACGCACAGAUGGAGACCAUGGAGGGGGAGGUUGAUGGCGUCGUUGACGAGGCGAGCGCUGAUAACGAAGAUGGGGAUACGUCCUCGUCUUCCGUGGAUGCCUCCUCGUCCUCUCCCGCAUACAAGACCACCCCCGCUACCCCCGCGAUUUUGAGGAAGGAGAAGCAGAUACAGCGUGCGGUCGCAGACCACAAUCCCCGACUACAUCACAGCAAAUCUACCCCCACUCUCAAACCGAACCCGACGCUCCAUGUUAUGACCACGUCCUUUGAUGCCCGCACGAUCCAGUUACGCACACUAGCCCAUAAGCUCAGACUAUUGUUCCCCUCAGAGGCCAAGGUCCUUUCCGCUAUCCUAUCACGAGACUUCACUUCCGCCUUAACUUAUGCCGAUCCCCGUGGACCUGUACCUCAAUCUCAAGACACCCUCAUCCAUGUAUUCAUCGAUCACUCUAAUAUUCUCAUUGGCUUCGUCACGUAUGUCAAGCGCCAUCUGCAGCAUGUCCUGCGCAAGUUCAAGCAAGCACACCUAUCACACGCGGCGCUUGCGCUCGUACUGGAACGUGGUCGCCCUGUCACACGACGCGUGCUCGUCACAUCCUCGCCCUUAUACCAACCCAUGCACACUGCCGAGGAGCUCGGCUACGAGGUCCGCAUAUAUGCCCGUGUCCCCGACACCGGCGAUGGCGCGGACCGCCAGCGCCCCCAGCACAGUAGGAACGACAGUGCAGGCAAUAACAACGCCAACACUAAUGCUGGGCCCUCGCGCGCCCGCGGACGUACGACAACGCACUCACGCAAGCAGACGCAUGCCACGGCCAGCGGCGGGGCCGCCGCCACGGCCAGUGGCACGGCGAAUGGCAACGCUACGUCGACGGACUCAGACACCGCCAACGCGCUGCGCGUGCGCUACCGCGAGCAGGGCGUGGACGAGCUACUGCAGCUGAAGCUGCACCAGGCGAUCGCCGCCGUCGACGUCGUGCCGCCGGGCGGGACGAUCGUGCUCGCGACGGGCGACGGGAACGUGGGGCAGUUCAACGAGGACGGGUUCCUCGGGUGCGUGCGCACGGCGCUCAAGAAGGGCUGGCGCGUCGAGCUGUACGCGUGGGAGGGCGGCCUGAGCCGCGCGUGGUCGCGCGAGUUUGGGGAGUGCGAGGGGUUCCGGAUCAUCAUGCUCGACAAGUACGCCGCGGACCUGCUCGAGAUCCCGGAUGGCGCCGCGGGCGAGCGGUAGAGCGGGGAGAGUGGGAGGCUCGGGCAGGCACCGGCGUUAUGUUUUGAGCCGGGAGUGCUUCGCCUUGGUGGGUGUGGAGGUGUCACGCAGGGAGGUGCGGCCGUCGAAGAGGCCUAGGGUCGCCUAUGUGGACAGGACGUUGGUCCUGGUGUAAGAUAUGGUUUGAAGAUGCCGUGACGGUGCGAUGAGACGCAUGCGCAUCCGUCUGUUUACCCCCCAUUUCUCGUCAUUGUGUAUGUAUACGUCUGUGUUGGUGUACUGUAUGUAGUCCACCAUGUGUGUAUCGAAGAUCAGC